AUGCUUUGCAACGUUGGCCUCACUGGUCUUUGUUUUACCUUUUCAUUCUUAGGACUUAUAUACGCCGCUCCCCAGCAAUACUGCAAGCCCAUCCCUGGCUCUGCAGACUGGCCCUCUAUUUCAGACUGGGAGGCCUUGAACAGCUCCGUCUCAGGUCGUCUCAUCGCACCCGUUCCACCGGGCUUAGUAUGCCAAACCAACAGUUCAGUACACAGCACCGCAGCAUGCACAGAGCUCUUGGGUCAAUGGGGCAACUCAUCGUUCCACGCAAACGACCCCUUCACUGCUGAUUACAACGACGAUUCAUGCCUGCCUGAUCCGAGAGCACCGUGCUCUUCAGCAUCUCUGCCUGCGUAUGUCGUGAAUGCCACCGUUGCAGCGGACGUUCAAGCUGCUGUGAGGUUUGCUCACAGGACUGGUGUGAGGCUGAUUAUCAAGGGAACGGGUCAUGACUUCCUAGGACGCUCUUCCGGCCCAGGUGCUCUCUCGAUCUGGACACACAGCCUGCGCGGUGUUAACGUUACCAUGGGCGACUCCCUAGCGAAACGUUACGGCGGAGUGGCCUCCGUCAAGAUCGCCGCCGGUAUGCGCUUCGGCGAAAUCUAUCAAGCUGUAUCGGCAUAUAACCUAUCGAUCGUGGGAGGCGCCGAUCCAAAUGUCGGCAUCGGCGGUUGGGUCACGGCUGGUGGCCAUUCUCCCAUCAGCAGCGUGUACGGUCUGGGAGCCGACCAAGUCCUCGAGAUGGAUGUCGUGACCGCCAAUGGAACGCGCCUGACCAUCAACGAGGAUUCAUACCCGGGCUUAUUCUGGGCCAUGAGAGGCGGUGGUGGCUCUACCUUUGCGGUUCUCCUGAGCGUCACAUUCCGCGCAUAUCCCACAUUCCCAAUCACAGUGUACAGCUUCAGCUACAACACGACCGCCAACACCGAUACAUUCUGGUCGUUGCUUGCGUACUUCCACAGCCAGCUGCCCGAGCUCUCCGACGCCGGCGCCAUGGGUUACUACUACAUGACACCAAACAACAGCCUCGGGCAACCUGACCCGGCGCGGCAGGGCAUGCUCGCCGGCGGGUGGAUCCUGCCCAACAAGACCGUCCAGCAGACCAACCGGAUUUUCACACCGUUGGAAAACACAUUCAGGAACAACACCCUCGGCUGGGAUGACCCAGUAUGGAUGAUGAACGAGACUCUCACGCUCCCGGACUAUACCAAAGCGUGGCUUCUAAUUAGCACGCCCCAGGACGUUGGCACGGAAGUCCGCCUUGGUUCUCGUCUCCUUGACCGCAAAGCCCUAAAAUCUGACCCGGCCAAGGUGAAAAGGCUGUUCAAGCAAGCAAACACCAACCCGCAGUCCGUCAUCCUCGGCCACCUGAUCGCUGGGCAGAGCGUCAAGGACGUCAAGAACGGCAUCCCAGGUGGUGGCAAUGCCGUCCUCCCGGCCUGGCGGAAGGAUGUCUACACGCACAUCGUCCUGCCUCGGACGUGGCCGUAUCUCAACGAGACGGCCAAACACGAGACCACGACGCACCUCCGCGAGGUUGAAACACAAGCACUGAGCGACCUCGCGCCCGAUACGGGGGCGUAUAUCAACGAAGCAGACCCCACGGAACCGAACUGGCAGGAGACCUUCUGGGGCGAGAAUUAUCCCAGGCUGUUGAGCUUGAAGCGGGAAUGGGACCCGGAGGGCGUGUUUUGGUGUGUGCCGUGCGUAGGACAUGGGGAUGGAUGGGAGGUGAAGAGCGACGUCGGGAUAGAGGGCGCUAUUGGGCAGAGUCCGGGGCGGAUUUGCAGAACGAUGGCUUGA